AGUGGCCCGGGAGGAGGCGUCCAACUUCAGGUCCAACUACGGACACAACAUUCCCCUCAAGGCAAGCCGUCGCAGAGUGGUAACGCCCACCUCUCACGCCGCUUCCUGUCGCCACACAGCACCUGUCUGAGCGUGUGGCCAUGUACGUGCACGCCUACACCCUGUACAGCGCAGUGCGACCCUUUGGCUGCAACUUCAUCCUGGGCUCCCACGACAAAGACGACGACCCGCAGCUCUAUAGGGUCGACCCUUCCGGUGUCUCUUAUGGCUACUGGGGGUGUGCCAUCGGAAAAGCCAAACAAGCUACCAAGACAGAAAUUGAGAAAUUGCAGGUGACUGUUCUUCCUCAAGGUGUCCGAGCUCUUCAAGAAGACCAGGAAAAUCGAGGCGCGGGUUGCGGCCGACAAGGACCUGAAGUUGGCCGACAAGGACCUGAAGUUGGCCGACUUGUUGAAAUAUUACCUGCGGGAGUCGCAGGCUGCAAAGCCAUCGGGAUCCGCUGUAAAGACGGUGUGGUGUUUGGCUUGGAGAAGCUGGUCUUGUCCAAACUGUACGAGGAGGGCUCCAACAAGCGCAUCUUGAACAUCGACAGACACGUCGGCAUGGCAGUGGCGGGUCUCCUGGCUGAUGCGCACUCGUUGGCGGAAGUGGCCCGGGAGGAGGCGUCCAACUUCAAGUCCAACUACGGACACAACAUUCCCCUCAAGCACCUGUCUGAGCGUGUGGCCAUGUACGUGCACGCCUACACCCUGUACAGCGCAGUGCGACCCUUUGGCUGCAACUUCAUCCUGGGCUCCCACGACAAAGACGACGACCCGCAGCUCUAUAGGGUCGACCCUUCCGGUGUCUCUUAUGGCUACUGGGGGUGUGCCAUCGGAAAAGCCAAACAAGCUACCAAGACAGAAAUUGAGAAAUUGCAGGUUCUUCCUCAAGGUGUCCGAGCUCUUCAAGAAGACCAGGAAAAUCGAGGCGCGGGUUGCGGCCGACAAGGACCUGAAGUUGGCCGACAAGGACCUGAAGUUGGCCGACUUGUUGAAAUAUUACCUGCGGGAGUCGCAGGCUGCAAAGGACCUGCUCUACCGCAGGAGUCGAGCGCUGCUGGAUUACGAGAGCGCCAACAAGGCUCUGGACAAAGGCCACGCCAAAAACCGAGACAUCCUGCAGGCGGAGAGCAGCCAGCAGCUGUGCUGUCACAAGUUCGACAAGAUCUCCGACUCCACCAAGCAAGAGCUCAUCGACUUCAAGACCAGGCGAGUGGCGGCGUUCAGGAAGAACCUGGUGGAGCUGGCAGAGUUGGAGCUCAAACACGCCAAGGUAGACCCCGCCCCUCCCGGAGGUGGACACGUUGUCAUAGCUGCAGAGCUUCCUGGGGGUCCUGAAGGGGAACACUUAACCACGACUCCUCCUCGGACACGCCCUACCCCGCUGGACGAAAUAUUGCCACCAGGAAGGAACAGGAAGUCUGUCAUCGUCAUCACUAACCACGCGCUGUCCCGUCCCACGGUCUAAUCGGGAUCAAUCUGCUUCAUCUUGUCUUCUGUGCUCUUACUUUUGCGGGUUCUUUGGGGUCGCUCAACUUCUUGUGCCACUUCUGCUUCCUGUCUUUUUAGGAGGAGACUCAGUCUAUUCCAGGGGCAUCACUAGACUUAAUACUGUACUGGGGCACACAGAUUUCAUAGAGAAAAAACAAACAAGUUUUUUAAAAUAUUCAGUCAUAUCAGACUGUUGUUCUCUAGAUCUUUGAUUAACCACAUGAAAUGUACUGCGGUAAUGCAUUUGACCUACCUGUGCACUUUACUCUUGACUUCCAAACGAGUACUGAUAAAAGCAAAAAGACAAAUUAAUCUUUUUGAACCAUUUGUCAAAUCUGCAAGAGGGGUAGUUUACACUAACUACGUUGUGUCAUCUCUCUGAGGCCCAUCAAUUUCCUACAAAUAUGUACGUAGUUCAAAGUCUCCUAUCUGCAUUUUUCAUGGGAUUAUAAGAAUAGCAAAAGCUGCUCUCUUUACAAAGUUAUCCCACCCUUCCUUGUGACAAAAAGUCACCUGACCAAAAAGCAUUCUGUAAGAAACUGACCGUUUUUUUCCCCCCUAAAAAUUGUUUUUUGUUUUUCCUCAUAUGGGAGGUUUUGUAUUUCUGCCAUCAAUAUACAAAAUCAAAUGACUCAGAAGCAAAAAAAACAUGAUUCGGACAUCAUUCGUUGAUAGUCAACUCAUCAACUUUCAUCUCUCCCUCACCUCUUCCAGUACUUUGUUCCACUUUGUCAGGACAGACAUUGAAAAAUAUAUUUAAAAAAAUCUAAUUGCGGCAACAAAACCCGAUAUUUUUAGCCAUCUUUCCGGUGACAAAUACAGAAUUUGUACUAUUUUUUUCUGGGAACAAAACCAGAUGCUUUAGCUGUAGCCAUUUUUCUGGUGACAAGAUUAUUUUAGUCAAAGACAAACCGAUUAACAAGACAAGUCUACUGUGCUAUUUUUCUGUGAAAUAAACUUUAACGUGACCCCAAAAAGGGACAAGUGGUAGAAAAUGGAUGAAUGGAUUUAAAAAUUUGGCUCACGACUUGAUAGGGGGGAAAAAAUUUCUUCCUGAAGAUAGAGCAUUUGAAAAGCACUGCGUGGCUUCCUCCCACCUCCAAAAACAUGCACCUGGGGAUAGGUUGAUUGGCAACACUAAAAUUGGCCCUCGUGUGUGAAUGUCUGUCUGUCUAUCUGUGUUGGCCCUGCGAUGAGGUGGUGACUUCCGCCCGAAUGCGGCUGAGAUAGGCUCCAGCGACCCCGAGAGGGACAAGCAGUAGAAAAUGGAUGGCUGGAUGCACCAUCCAUAGGCUGUAUCCAUCAACUCACACAAGCUUACGCAAAAUCAUCAUUGUUGCAAAGGUCCUGAGCAGAACCAGCAGACCAUAACCAACAAUAUGUUUCAUGCUCACUGGAAAUUCCCCCGACAGCUCGAACAGCAAAUUAAUAUGCUUGUCUUGUACAAGGAAUAACGUUAACUAACUUAGCAUGAACUUAAGACAAGACUUAUGUUGCCUAGCUAGCUAGGACUUCACUUACCUCUCUCAUUCCUCGCUGAUGUAUCCCUGCUGCGGACGAAUAUCUUCCUGAUAUCCAUCUAGGAGUUACAAUUCGAGUCAAAUCAAAAUAAUAUAAUUAACAAGCCGUUGUCGGCAAACGUUACCUAACCUGACUCUCGCCAGAUCAUUGUAGUUGGUGGAGCUCAGUCACAUGGACCCCGACUUAAACAAGUUGAAAAACUGAUUCAGGUGUUACCAUUUAGUGGUCAAUUGUACGGAAUAUCUACUGUAUUGUUUCAUAUAAUGUAUUCUCUUCCUUUGCAAUCUACUAAUAAAAGUUUCAAUCAGUCAAUCACCUACCUCACGCAGUGAUUCUCAUCGCCUGCCUCUCGCUCGCUCGACUUCAGUUGACACGGAAGUAUUAGUCGCUACACGUUAAUAAAUUACCAUAUUAAUAAGCAAUGUGCGCAUUGUUUAUGUAGCAAUCAAUGACCAUACUAAGUAGUAUGUGUGCUGUUGUCUGUGCUGUGUAGACUUAAAACUAUGAAGUGUCUUUUUUUUUUUAUUAUUGGUGAAUUUUUUACUGUUGCACUGCAGAUCAAUCAUCAGCGGUCACUCGAAGCGAGUAUGACGAUCCUCUUGGUAGGGGUGUAUCCCUUUAUGGAGGAUGCCUGUGCGUGACUUUGUUUAACGUGGGGAGACUGGUGCACAGACAGUCAUCACACGAUCCUUGACAGAUCCGGGUCAGGGUCCAGUGGCAUGGAGUCCAAGACGACUGGGGACCCUUUUCUGCUGCAGCCUACAUCCGCCAUCCCAGCCGUUGUGACGCUCCAUAGGGUUAGCAAUCAUCUCCUCUGUUGAGGUCUUGGGUUGUUAUCUCCCUAUAACUGGGCCCACAUGGAUGUGUGGGUGCCUUCUUCCGCUAUCGCAGCCAUUGUGGUGGUUCAUACAUCUACCGUCUUCCGCCUGCUCCGCCGUUGAGGUCUUCACUGUAUCCCUGGCUAGGGGGCAGUUAGGUACUGUACUAGUCCUUUGCCAAGGGCCACCUGGGGUAACAGUGGUAAAGGGGUUAACCUCCUAGUGCCUCAAGGCCCCAUAGAGGAGCCUCCACUGCCGGAUGCACUUUAAUGUCAUGCACGGGACACUGCAGAUCAAUACUGGGGCACAUGCCCCAGUGAAAUCUGUCUGACGACGCGCUGAGUCUCUGCUUUAAUGUCGGAAUUGUUUCACUCAUGACCAAAGCUUGCCAAGAUGGCAGCCACUUUUAUGGAAAAGUCAAUAAACGGUUAGUUU